AGGAGGGGUGAGGUUGAGCCGGGAUUAGCAAGAGUAGGGAGGGAGGCUCCUAGACCUGCAGAGAAAGGGGCGCGGAUAGGUGAAGGCACCAUGCCUCUGCAGAACGAAACCCUCCGAGAGGUGUGGGCCUCUGACAGUGGGCAUGAAGAAGAAAGCCUGAGCCCGGAGGCCCAGCGGCGCCCGAAGCAGCGACCCGCCCCGGCACAGAGGCUAAGGAAGAAGAGGACAGAGGGCCCCGAAUCCCCCUGCCCCACGGGAUCCAAGCCCCGGAAGCCCGGAGCUGGGCGAAGGGGGAGGCCGCGGGAGGAGCCUUCCCCAGACCCAGCCGAAGCCCGGGCGCCGCAGACGGUCUACGCCAGGUUCCUCAGGGACCCCGAGGCCAAGAAGCGAGACCCCCGGGAAACCUUUCUGGUAGCCCGUGCCCCAGACGCGGAGGAUGAGGAGGAGGAGGAGGAGGAGGAAGAGGAUGAGGAUGAUGAGGAAAAGGAGGCAGAGGAAAAGAAAAAGAAAAUCCUUCUGCCUCCCAAGAAGCCUCUGAAAGAGAAGAGCUCCGCAGACCUGAAGGAGAGGAGGGCCAAGGCCCAGGGCCUAAGGGGAGACCUGGAAAGCCCUGACCCCACACCGAAACCUCUGCGCACCAGGAAUAAAGAAGCCCCAGCAGGGGAGGGGACCAAGAUAAGAAAGGCCAAGAAGAAAGGGUCCGGGGAGGCAGACAAGGACCCCUCAGGGAGCCCAGCCAGUGCCAGAAAGAGCCCAGCAGCCCUGUUUCUGGUUGGGGAAGGCAGUCCUGCCAAGAAAGCUCUGAAGAAGAAAGGCACUCCCAAAGGCGAGAGAAAGGAGGAAGAAGAGGAGGACAAGGCAGCUACCGUGACAAAGAACAGCAAUCAAAAGGGCAAAGCCAAAGGAAAAGGCAAAAAGAAGGAGGAGAGGGCACCGUCUCCCCCCGUGGAAGUAGACGAUCCCCAGGAGUUUGUGCUCCAGCCUGCCCCCCAGGGCCGCACGGUGCGCUGCCGGCUGACCCGGGACAAGAAGGGCAUGGAUCGAGGCAUGUAUCCCUCCUACUUCCUGCACCUGGACACGGAGAAGAAGGUGUUCCUUUUGGCUGGCAGGAAACGAAAACGAAGCAAGACAGCCAAUUACCUCAUCUCCAGCGACCCUACCAACCUGUCCAGAGGCGGGGAGAAUUUCAUCGGGAAGCUGAGGUCCAAUCUCCUGGGGAACCGCUUCACUGUCUUUGACAAUGGGCAGAACCCACAGCGUGGGUACGGCACUAACGUGGCGAGCCUUCGGCAGGAGCUGGCAGCUGUGAUCUAUGAAACCAAUGUGCUGGGCUUCCGAGGCCCCAGGCGCAUGACAGUCAUCAUUCCUGGCAUGAGUGCGGAGAACGAGAGGGUCCCCAUCCGGCCCCGAAAUGCUAGCGACGGCCUGCUGGUGCGCUGGCAGAACAAGACACUGGAGAGCCUCAUCGAACUGCACAACAAGCCACCUGUCUGGAACGACGACAGCGGAUCCUACACCCUCAACUUCCAAGGCCGGGUCACCCAGGCCUCAGUCAAGAACUUCCAGAUUGUCCACGCUGAUGACCCUGACUAUAUCGUGCUGCAGUUCGGCCGCGUGGCGGAGGACGCCUUCACCCUAGACUACCGGUAUCCGCUGUGCGCCCUGCAGGCCUUCGCCAUCGCCCUCUCCAGUUUCGACGGGAAGCUGGCCUGCGAGUGACCCCAGCAGCCCCUCAGCGCCCCCAGAGCCCGUCUGCGUGGGGAAAGGAUUCAGUGGAGGCUUGCAGGGUCCCUCCAGCGAAGCCCCCACGGAAGACUGCUCCUGUGUCGGGGCUGACCCGUCACUGCCUCUCAGUGACCUCCGUCCGCUCCCCAGCCUGGCACUGGCCGAGACCGGAGGAGCCCGGACGGACGGCGAGUAGGACGGAGAUGAAGAACAUCUGGAGCUGGAGCCGCACAUCUGGUCUCGGAGCUCGCCUGCGCUGCGGCGCCCCCCUCCUCCCGCGCCCAGUCACUUCCUGUCCGGGAGCAGUAGUCAGUGUUGUUUUAACCUCCCCUCUCCCCGGGACCGCGCUAGGGCUCCGAGGAGCUGGGGCAGGCUAGGAGGAGGGGGUAGGUGAUGGGGGACGAGGGCCAGGCACCCCAAUAAAGCCGCGUCCUUGGCCAA